AUGUAUUCUUUUCGACAGCGAUCGGACACCAAGUUCACAUUUGCAAAGCACAUGGCUAAGCAUAGGCUGGAUAUUCCGCUCACUGCCUUUGGGCCUGCCUCUAAGCACAUGCUGCUUGUGAGACAUCCGCUCGCCGUCAUACGCUCGUUCUCCAAGGUUCUGCCGGCCACCCUGGAGGAGACGUGCUACCCCGCAUUGCUGAGCCUGGCCAGCGAGCUCCGAACCAGUAGGCACGGGGUGCCCAUCAUCCUGUCAGAGGACCUGGUGCGGGAUGCGGAGGGCACCCUGAGCCUGCUGUGCUGCGCGCUGGGUAUGGCCCCGGACCCGGCCAUGCUUGAUUGGGAGGUGGGCCCCAAGCCGGAGGACGGGCCGUGGGCACCCUGGUGGUACGCCGGCUCCCACGCCUCCACCGGCUUUGGAAAGGGGGGCGGGGGGCCAGGGGCCAGCGCGGUCAAGGGGCGCACGCCGCUGGACCCGACGCUGCGGCCCCUGCUGGAGGAGUGCCAGGCGCUGUAUGCCGUGCUGAGCCGGCGCGCCCUGCGGCCUCGCAGCGCGAGGCCCGGGGGCGGCCUGCUGUCGCUGGACUCUGGUGCCUGCCCGGUACACCGAGGCGGAACGCACGAGUAUGCGCCGGACAGCCGGAACGACGACACCCUCGUGGGCAUGCGCGAUGGGGUCACAGGCAGCUUCGACCUGGUGUGGCGCCCGGCCGCAACGGUCUCCGUGCUGGAGUCUGGCUUCCUCCUGGGCGACGGGGUGUGGGAGGGCCUGCGCCUGCUCAACGGGGUGGUGCUGUUUGCGGACAGGCAUCUGGCGCGGCUGUUCGAGGGAGCGGCAGGGAUCGGCAUGUCCAUCGGGAUGACCCCUGAGCAGCUCCUGCGGCUUGUGUAUGCCACCGUGGAUGCCAAUGCCAUGCAGACAGGGGUCCACAUUCGUCUCAUGGUCACCCGCGGCCUGAAGCCCACGGAAGAUGGCAUCUCCCUUUUCACUUGUCACGCCAGUGCGGCGGGCGCUGACGAGGCGCUCAUGCUGGACCCUCAUGGAUUUGUGGCCACCUGCAACUCCACCAACUUCUUCAUCAUCCGGUCGCACAUAGACAUCCGGGGCGAGCGCCAGUGCCAGGUAUGGGCCCCUACCCCCCGCUACCAGAUGCCCGGCAUCACUCGAGCCAGUGUGCUCGGCCUGUGCGAGCAGGAGGGCAUCCCAUGCAGGGAGCUGGACUUCACCGUGACGCAGGUGUACGGGGCGGACGAGGCCUUCGUGACCGGCACGUUUGGCGGUCUGACGCCGGUGGUGAGGGUUGACGGGAGGCGCAUUGGCAGGGGCUCCCCCGGCCCCACCACGCUGCGUCUGCAGGCAGCGUAUGCUGCGCUGUGCCUCUCUGAGGCCGAGCGGGGCCGGGUGCGAACCCUGCAUGUCGCUUGCUCUGAGUGGUGA